CUAUCUGCUUUUCAGAAUGGUUGGAUAAUAGCAAAAAUGUAUAAAUUCUUGGACAAAUAGAUACCUGGCUCAGUUAUUGUCCCACUACAACAACAAGCAACAUGCAAGUGACAUUAUUGUAUUUAGUUUUGGCAAUGGGGAGCGCUCUUGUUUCUGCCUCUCCUGAACCAAAUUGCAUAAAUUCCAAAGACGUAUACUUCCCAGAUAGCAAUUGCAAUAGCUUCUGGCAAUGCAGUAACGGAAUCGCCCACAAGAUGAUCUGUCCAAGUAACCUUGAAUGGAAUGCUGCGUUAAACGUUUGCGAUUGGCCUAGUAGCGCAGGCUGUUCUGGCGAGGGUUGGCAUACUACCACCGUUCAGCCGACUCGACCUUCUACUAGAACUACUACUAAAGCCAAUACCACUACUACGAAAACCACAACUACUGCUACUUCUACCACAUCAAAGCCUACAACUACAUCAAGAAAGCCUUCUCCUACUAGCUCUACUACGUUCACCGCGAAAUCUUCAAGCAUAUCAACAACAAAUGCCGCCACAACAAGAAGACCUUGGACUCGACCCACAUUACCUACUAGAUCUACUACUACUAAAGCGUCUACAACCAUUACCACAACGAAAAAGCCCCAACGGCCUACUAGAUCGACCACUACCAGAAGACCUUGGAGACCUAGUCCUCCUAGACCAAAUAAAUGCAGCAUCUGGUGGUGGCUUCCAGAAUGCAGAAGGUGGGCAGAAAGUGCUUAACUACUAUGCUGGUAGCUAACAAAUGGACUGUCAAAACCAUAAAUUGUAAUCUAAUUAAGUUUAUAAAAACUGGAUAUUUUAGUCUAAAAUUAAAAUUAUUUUUAAAA